GACUCACAUUCCUCGUUUGGUUCGAGCGAAGAAGAGUCCCAAUUAGCAUCCCGUCCAUCAAACCCGACAGGAUCGUGGAAUAAACGGCUUUUACUGAAAACAGGGGAGUUACAUUUCGGUGACUGAAAUUCCUUGGACUCCAGGAAGAGCCGCCAUGUUUGCUCCUAAAAAAGGAGACCUUUCUCCGAGCGAAAAGGAGCUGUUUGAGGUCAUUAGCGCAGGAAACGUUCAGGAGGCCUCCAGGCUGCUGGGCUGUAAGGACGUCCGGGUCAACUGUCUGGAUGAGUACGGCAUGACCCCCCUCAUGCACGCCGCGUACAAAGGCAAAGCGGACAUGUGCAGGCUGCUGCUGCAGCACGGCGCCGACGUCAACUGCAACCAGCACGAGCACGGCUACACGGCGCUGAUGUUCGCCGGCCUGUCAGGGAAGACCGACAUCACCUGGAUGAUGCUGGACGCCGGCGCGGAAACGGACGUGACCAACUCCGUGGGGCGCACGGCGGCGCAGAUGGCAGCUUUUGUCGGCCAACACGACUGCGUCACCGUCAUCAAUAACUUCUUCUCGCGCGCCCGCUUGGACUACUACACCAAAGCCCAGGGUUUGGAGAAGGAGCCCAAGCUGCCGCCCAAACUGGCCGGGCCGCUCCACAAGAUCAUCAUGAGCACCAACCUGAACCCCGUCAGGAUGGUGCUGCUGGUGAAGGAGAACCCGCUGCUGGCAGAGGCGGAGGCUCUGGAGAAGUGCCGGCGGGUGAUGGAGCUCAUCAGCGAGAAGUGCAUCAAGCAGCAGGACAUGAACGAGGUCCUGGCCAUGAAGAUGCACUUCAUCGGCUGCGUGCUGGGGAAGUGCGCCUCCUUCCUGAAGGAGCGCCAGGACGGGCUGGACGCGCUCGUGAAGAGUUUGCUGAAAGGUCAGGACGCCGACGGCUUCCCCGUCUACCAGGAGAAGUUUGUGCGGGAGUGCAUCCGGAAGUUUCCGUACUGUGACGCCACCCUGCUGCAGCAGCUGGUGAGGAGCAUCGCGCCCGUGGAGAUCGGAAACGACCCCACGGCUCUGUCGGUGCUGACCCAGGCCAUCACGGGCCAGGUCGGCUUCAUGGACGCAGAGUUCUGCACCACCUGCGGCGAGAAAGGAGCCCAGAAGAGGUGCUCCAUCUGCAAAACGGUGAUCUACUGCGACCAAACCUGCCAGAAGAUGCACUGGUUCACCCACAAGAAGGUUUGUAAGAAGCUCCAGGAGCAAAGAGAGAAGCAGGAAGCUGAGGCGGCCAAACUGAGAACGCAGCAGAGCAAAGAGGACAGUGGAGCCGUUCAGGACGCCAUGCAGCAGCUCUCCGUAGAAAGCAGCGCAGACGCUGCAGAGACAUCAGGCCCCGCCUCCGUUCCAGCCGCCGACAACUGAGGAGAAUCUGGAGGGUCUCCAGGAGGAAUCCACGCGGCGAGGAGCCUCGCCGACCAUCUUCUCUCCAGAUGAUCCCUUCCUUUGUGUUUGUGGGACAUCCUCGCGUUGAAGAUGGAGUCCAACUCUGCCUUAAAACUGUAGCAACCUGCAGGAGGGAACCAAGCAGACACCUGAGGGCGUUUCUGAACAUGGCAGUGUUCUAUGACGUCACCAGGUUUUACAGAACUAGUCCAGCUCAUGGGAUGUUUGUGGAAAAUCCGUCAUGGCAGCUCCCCGCUGUGGUGCUUUAGGUCGACCUUCGUGCAGCACGAAGGAGCAGAAAACAUCUGGACCGCUCGGUUCCAGCUGCUGCUGUCCGUCAGAAUAAAGACCAGCCGGAGACCUGAUGUCAUGAUCUGCUGCGUCCACUCAUCCACAUUUCCUGUUGAAUUAUGUCAGCUUUAUUCGUUUAUGCUGAUGAACCAGAAACCUUCAGUGGAGUCAAAGGUGUUGUAGGUGUUUAUACGUCCAGCAGGGGGCAGUGUGCCACAGGAGGCUCCAUGUGGUUCACUGACUAAAAUGUCUGCAUAAAGAGAUGAAAAUAAUGUCAUCAGAAACUUUUACUUUCAUCUUGUAAAUCUAUUUUUAUCAGCGAAUAGAAAUCACAAAGUUUCAGACCUUUGGUAACAGAUUCAGGUUGACCUUUAACAAAUGUUGAAACUUUUUAGUUCAGUUACAGCAACCGUGGGAACACAAAACUUUAUGUUUAGCCUUAAUGAUGACGAACAACAGAAAAGCUCUGUUGUCAGAACAGACUGGGCUAUUCGAGGGAAACAACAAACAUGGAGUCAUCUCCUCUGAGCUGAAGGCUUCAAUAUUUAACAAGAAAAAAUAAAUACAGGUCAUGUUGAUGAAA